UCCCACCCCCUCCUCCUCUGCCUGGGAUGACCAGCAUUCUUCCCCCUCCCCCACUGCCCAGUAUGACAGGGAUACCUUCACCUCCACCUCUUCCCACUAUGAUAGGGGCCCAUUCCCUACCUCAAAACUCAGCCAUGCCACCACCACCUCCCCCACUGCCAGGUGCGGUAGGGAUCCCUCCCCCUCCUCCACUGCCUGGCAUGGUAGGGAUCCCUCCCCCUCCCCCACUGCCUGGCAUGGUAGGGAUCCCUCCCCCUCCCCCACUGCCUGGCAUGGUAGGAUCCCUCCCCCUCUUCCUGGUGCUGCAGGAGUUCCACCUCCACCCCCCACUCCCAGGCAUGCCACCUCCUCCUCCCCCACUGCCUGGGAGGGAAGGGCUACCACCCCCUCCCCCACUGCCAGGCAUCCCACCUCCUCCACCUCUGGGAUUCAACGUAGAGGAAAUUGUCCCUGCGUGGGCCAGCAGUCUUGGCUCUGCUGCACCACCCCCUAAAAGAAGGAAGAUGCCAACGCUAAGGAUGAAGAAGCUGAAUUGGCAGAAGCUCCCCUCCAAUGUGGUGAGAGAGAGUCACUCUAUGUGGGCAUCAACAACAAGAACGAGUGAAGUAUAUGAGCCAGAUUACUCUAAAAUAGAACAGUUGUUUUGCUUUCCACAAACCAAGCCCAAAUCAAAAGUUGCACCAGUGAAGACAGAACCAAAAGAGAUUACAUUUCUAGAUUCCAAAAAGAGUCUUAAUCUGAACAUAUUUUUGAAGCAAUUUAAGUGCACUAAUGAGGAGGUGGUUAAAAUGAUUCAGGAAGGUGACAGAACAAAGUUUGAUGUUGAAGUGCUCAAGCAGCUUCUUAAACUCCUACCGGAAAAACAUGAAAUAGAAAAUUUGAAAGCUUUCAAAGAAGAAAAGGAAAAAUUAUCAAAUGCAGAUCAGUUCUAUCUUCUACUCCUUGGAGUUCCUAGCUACCAAUUGAGGAUUGAAUGUAUGCUGAUGUGUGAAGAGACUGCUGUUCUGCUGGAGAUGUUGCAGCCCAAAGCAGAAACAAUAAGGAAGGCUUGUGAAGAUCUCCUCUCAAGUCAACGGUUGCCCGUUUUCUGUCAAUUGAUCCUCAACGUUGGAAACUUCCUGAACUAUGGAAGUCACACAGGAGAUGCCGAUGGCUUUAAAAUUGGUACUUUGCUCAAGUUAACAGAAACUAAAGCGAACCAGACUCGCAUUACACUGCUCCACCAUAUAUUAGAGGAAGUGGAAAAAAAUCACACCGAUUUGCUUCAGCUUCCCAAAGAUCUUGAAUGUGUUUCAAAGGCAGCUGGAAUCAAUCUAGAUGUUAUUCAUUCUGAAUCCAGCUCCAAUAUAAAGAAAUUGCUGGAACUUGAACGGAAGCUGUCAUCUUCAAUUGAAGAAGUGAAAGCCCAAUAUGGAACAGCCAUUCAGGUUGAGCUUAACUGCAACCAAAAGCUGGAGGAUGAGUUUGAACUCGUUGAAGCUAAGAAAACAGAGCUUGCCAACUAUCUCUGUGAAGAUCCAAACAAAUUGUCUUUGGAGGAGAUAUUUAACACCUUGAAAACCUUCCGUGAUCUACUCAAAGCACUAAAGGAAAACAAGGACCGAAAGGAACAAGCAGCCAAAGCUGAGAAAAGGAAGAAACAGUUGGAAGAAGAAGAAGCUAAGAGGCCAAAAGGGGAAGAUGGGAAAACCGUUAAGAAAGAAGCUGUCAAACAAGAGGAGGUGUGUGUUAUUGAUGCUUUGCUGGCUGACAUAAGAAAGGGAUUCCAGCUACGAAAAACAACCAGGAACAAAAAUGGCGUAAACACUCCCAUGAAAACUACACCUCAGAAGGGAAAAGUGAUCGAGUUUACAAGUGAUAACUCAGCACAUUCAACCAGCCUGAAUAUUAAAGCUGAUGAGGUUGACUCAGGGGCCCCAGCUAGUAGAACUGAACCUGAUGACUCCUGGAACCAUUUAAAUUCAAAUGACCAGAACUUGGCCCUGCCAGAAGCAUCUAAAGUCAGCGAAGACCCUUCCUCAGAGUCCUUGUUGGACACGUCCCAGGACAAAUCCUUUUCAGAGCCGGUAACUGAUUCUUCAUAUUCAGCAACGGUACCUUCAGAACAAGCCCAAGCUGGAAGAGAUGGCCAAAGAAGUUCAUCAAAGCGCAAGAAGAAAAAGAGACACAGCAAGGGCCAUUCAAGUGGUGCAGCAAGACAGAAAAAUAAAAAGCAUGCUAUUCAGCUAUUGAAAGGAGCCAUAGUAAUAGAGUGCAGUUAAUUUUUGUCUGGAGGUACUUGAUAGAAGUAAUUAAUACUCAAAUAUAUGAUAUAUAUCCAGACUUGAAAGCACCCUUAGACUGUGCCUUAUAUAACAUUCUUAUCCCAAAAUAAUUUUCUGCUACUUUGGGGCCAUGGAGUCAACUCCCGAUGGACAAAAUUGUUCGACAUAAGGUGAAGGAGAUAUGAUCUAAGACACAGCUGGAACAAGUUGAAGUUAACACAGAAAAUUUUUUAAAUAUUUUUUAAAUAGUUUUAUGGCACCAAUCUCAUGUUUAGACAAUGUGUCAGUUUAGGAAGUAUGAUUCAACAAGGCCUGAUUUUGCAAAGAUCUGUAUUUUUGAGUUAACAACAUCCUUCAAUUUGAUUGUGCUAUACUUUAUACCAGGUUGGCGCAAGCAAUUUUUGUGAUACUAUCAGAUACAUAUCACAUUCCUGUUUUUACGCAAAGACUUGUUACUCCAAGGAUUAGACAAGAGAGAUUUGUUUUAAAGAAAAUUAGUAAUUAUUCUGAUAUCACCAGUGUAGUUGUCUGCCACCUAGUGGCAAAGGUAUGCAAUUACUGUCCAUAUGAACACAUGAUAGUCUUCAUGUUUAUCCCAAACUUUUUCACUACAUGCACUACGACACUUCUUUUCAAGAAAACUUCCUCCCAAAGUAAUUAUUAAUGCAAUCAAUUUUACACUUUUUUGUGAUGGUGAUAGUAAAUGUGUUUGGGGCUAGGUAUAUCUUUUUGUUGUUGCAGAUGUAUAACAUUAAUGGAAAUAUUUUAGAGUUAAUAUUGGGAAUGUGAUUCCCUUUUAUCAUAAAAACUAAAGUAAUUUUUUGUAGUUUAUAAAUAUUAUUGAGAGAAUUGCAGAUUUGUAAAUAUCUGUUCCCUUUUGUAUGUUCACUUAUAUGAGACUGAAGGUGUAGAAAUUACUUUAUAAACUGAAUUUAGCAGUUAUAAUUUGGAAAGAAGAUAUUGACUGAGAGAGAUCCUGCUGAAAUAAAAUGGAUGCUGUGUGAUAGUGGGAUUUGCAAAGCUAACUUUGAUUUCUUCUCCAAAUCUGUUGGGAGUGUCUUCUGAAAGCUUUUGCCUAGGCAGGCUAGAAUAAUGGGGAAUUAUGAACUCCAGAAGUCCAGAAAAUGCCAGGUUUAAAAAAAGCAAGCAUGGGUAUUUGAAACAAAGUUAACUUUACCCAUGUUUUAGUUUAUCACAGAAUUUGAACAGAAGAACUAAGCCAGAUGCCUUCAUAGCAGGUUCUUCCAGCCUUGGCAUCUUUAAACUAUGUUGAUGGGGAAUUCUGAGAGUUCAUCCAUACUUUUUAAAAUUACUAAGAUGGAAGAAAAGUGCUCCAGACAUAUUGCACUACAACACCUUUAAUAUCAGGAAGCCCAGUGUCCCAGUGGCUUAAUGACACUGAAGAUGGUCUCGGAUCAGGGAGUUCGAGCCCAAGCAUUGUGCGGCAGGGUGAACUCCUGUCACGUGCCUCAGCUUUUGUC